UCAACUUUGUUCCUUGUUCAUUCAAUUUUGUUGUGAGAAUUUUCAACAAAAAUAAAUAAAAAAUACAUUUUUUGCCAAUAAAAAAAAAAAUGUCACAAACAAUUCUUUCAACAAUAAUUCACAUAACACCUCCCAUUGAAGAACUACUCUACACAACUCAAAUUCGAUGUGAAGUAAAUGGUUGUCAAUCUGUAUUCAAAAAUUCUGGCAACCUCCAAAUGCAUCUCAAAAAACACCACAAACUCUCCACAGACUCAAUCAAAGAUAACACAGAUAAGUUAUUUUUUUGUCCACAAUUAGAUUGUGUCUAUUAUGAUGGCCCACUAAAUGAAAGAGGCUUUAAAAGUUUAAAAUUCCUUAAGCAACAUUUUCAAAAAGUUCAUGCUGAAAAGAAAUUUGCUUGUUCCAAAUGUGGGAAGGCAUUUGGGACACAAUCGAUGAAAGAAUCUCAUGAAAAGAAUUGUGGGAAAGAGUACAUUUGUGCUGAGUGUGGUUGGAAGUAUGACACUUCCGAAGCACUUCUUACUCAUGUUAAAAGAAAGGGUCAUCAUGCCAAGAGAAAACUUGAGAAUAAAGUUGCUAUUCCCAAGUUGACUCCGGUGGCAGAGAAACCCAAAAUAAUCAUUCCAAUACCAAAAGAUUGUCAAACUCAAACGGAGUUAGACACUCCGAAUAUUGUCCUUCCUCCGAAAAAGAGAAUCAAGGUCGAAAUUGCUCCCGAAGUCAGUAUGUUUCAUGAAGCACCACUUUGCAAUAUCGAAACUCAAACAGAACUCAAUUUGAUUUCUGGACUGAGUGAUCCAAUGUUGUAUUCCAACAUGUGCACUCAGACUUGCGAUGAGUUCCUAUCGGAACUGGGUUUGGCUGACAUUCAAACCCAAACAAAUUGGCCAGCAAUGAAUGAUCACGACGAACCUAAUCGCAAUGACCAGUUCUCGUCAUCUGGAGCACAUGACGAACUAAUGGUCUCGACUGAAACUCAAACAAGUUUCACUCAAUGUCUAUUAGAUUCUUGCAAUGAAGAAAACUCCUUAACUGGAAGUAUCACUCAACACACACAAACGUGUGACACUCUUCUCGAAGGCUUAUUUGGUGGUCAAGAUAAUGAUUUCAUUGGAAGCUUUCAAUCGACUCAUACGCAAACAUGAUGGUUCGAUAUGGAUUGCUUUACAUCGGAGAACAAUGAUAGAUAACCUUGGGCUAAUGAAGGUUUAGAUGCUGCAGUGGCAAUGGAGCCGUCAGCAAUGACAGUAGAGGAGAAUCCUCAUGGAAGUACGGCCGGAACAGAUGUUGAUUGGACAUUGUAUAUAGAUUCAUCGGAUUCAUUUUUAAAUUAAUUUGUUUUUUUUUUCAGCCAUAUUUUUCAUGUACAAAAAUAAAUAGGUGUUCAAUGUUUGAUGUAAAUUUGGUCAUAUUUUUGUUCCUUAACUUUUUUGAAUAUUUCCGCACCCAGCACAAAAAAUUUAAAGAUAAAUAACUACUUCACUGUUUCGUAUAGCCUAAGAACUUCCUAGGAUUAAGAAAAAUAAUUAACUCAAAUAAAUUGUUA